AAGUAAGCAGCAAAGUGAGUUGGAAAGUAUCGGUCUAUUCACAACUGCAUCAUGACUCGUUUUACGUCAGUGUCGUUUUUCGUAACGGUUCUCGUUCUCGUUAAUUUUGUUCUCAUUUCGUCAGCCGUACGAACCUUCGACUUGGGAAAAGUCCGGAAGAAUAGCAUCGUGUUCAACGAGAAUGACGUCGUGACACCGGAACAAGAAAUAUUCACGAAAAGAUUCCUCAGUCCAUAUCGAGCAAAUCGAUACAUCGGCGAUUUGAUAAUUGGUGAAGAUCAAGAAGGUCAAACGGUGUAUGUCGAUGCAAUCGAAUUGACUAACCCGUCGGACCAGGACGUUAGUGGAACUCUAACAUUCACCAUACCUUCUGGAAUAAUAAACUUGGUGGCUGUACUCAAUCAACCAGAGAGUACUGUUGUAAUAUGCGACACGCCGGAAACCCUUGGUUCUUCGACCAGCGUCGUUAAUGUGCGUGUAGUAGCAAACAGUGUGUCAAAGCUUCUCGUGAUAAUUGCAGCUCAUUAAAGGCUACCAAAAAGUAACGAUGUUGCAAUACGCCUACGAAGACAGUUUUCAUUAAAUGAAUCAAUCCGAAUGUGUUUUUAGUGACAAAAUCAAGGGAUAAUUGUAUGAAAUUAAUAAAAAGUUGCAUCAUCAAA